CGCGGCGAUGACUUAGCGAAACUUGCCGCGUCCCCCCCACUUGCGGGACGAGUUGCAAUUGCAGUCGCAAGCUGAGAUCGCAUCCGGGUGAUGAUGCCUCUCGUCUGGCGGGGAGGCUUGGGCUUAGCCACCGGUUCCGCGCGUCACGGUCGCGGACCGUCGUAUUCUACCGCCCCAUCUGUCGGACGGUCCGCAAAACAAAAAAGGGAACGAAACCCGCCCCACCGUCAUCGUGCCAAAUAUGGCCGGUUAUCGCCUGUUCCCUCUCGUCUCCUCUCCCCCUCUCUCAUCUCUGUCCACCCCGGCCGGAUGUUUGCUCCAGGCCGUCCGGGUCGGUUUGAUCGCCGCCCUCCAGCGCGACCAUUUCCCUGCCCGGGUACGUCGAUCCCAGAGCCAAAAAGUCUCUGCCAUUUCGAAAUUCACGACCGGCUAAUAAUCGCCUCGGUUCAGCCGCAAGGAAACUGCGGCUCAACUGCUGACUACGGUUGUGAGAGCGACAACCAGCCACCCCCUCCAUGUCGGCCGAUCUGUCAUGGUGGGCGAUCAGAGCCGUUGAGGCGUCUCAAACUCUCCCAGCUAUAAUGCUGGGGUGCGACAGCAUAAACUCUCUUCUUCUUUUUUUUUUUUUUUUUUUUUUUUUUUGGGCCAAUUUGAGUUGUGCCAGUUUGCCCCGUCUGGGGUGCGUAUAUGGGCGACGAAUGUCGCGAGUAUACCGGUACCAAACCUCCUCAAAGCUUGCUGAAGGUUAGCACAGUACCUGCGGUGC